AUGUCAGAGUCCAACGCUAAACAAAAUACAAUUUUCAUUCCACCUGAUCUUUAUUAUGAAGAUCGAGCCCAUACUUCAUUAGCUACCGAGUUGAACAUUCUCUCCAGAACAUCUGAUCAAAUGGUGGUAGAAAAAGUGCGAUCGUUACAGAAACAAUUAAAGAACGGAUCGUCAGAAAUCAGUGAUAUUGUCUGGAACAGGAGCAAAGAGAUUGCAGAGUCCAAAGUUCGUUUAUCACUCAGCGAACUGCUAGCUAAGACGAAUAUUAAGACAGCAAUUGUUGAUGAAAUCGGAAGUUCAGGAAGCCAAAGUUCCUCUAAACUAACAGAAAAAACUCAAAAGUUCAGAUACGAAUCAAAUGAGGACAUGAACAAGAAAAAUCGAGAGGAUAGAUGCAAACCUCAAGAUGAAGAUGAACAAGAAAAAGGUGCUAUAUCUAGUGAUACGUUGCAAAUGAGUGUGACAGAAUCAAUGAUUGGGAAAGUGGAAAGAACAGCACUGAUAGUAGACUUUGUCAAUUUGGAGGAAGUUUUCGAAGACCACAGUAAAGAUUGCGAAAAUAUCUUUGACUUAUGUCAUAGCGAUAUAAUGGACCUUAGACCUGCCUCACGAUUCACAGAAAAAAUCCCUGUAGCAAUCUGGGAGAAAUUCGUGUCAAAUACAUAUCCCGAAUACGAAAUACCUGAAGCAUGGGAAAAAUUAGUACAAGAUAUUUUCAAGCCAAAAGACUCAUUAGCAGAAUGGAUAAAAACCUGGCGCGGACUUUAUGCAAUUUCUGAUGAAAAUGAAAGCAAUGGCGACCUCGGAGAAAAUCAGUACAAUGCACAAUUUGUAAGUCCAGUACUGAAUAAUGUGCUCAAGGCUGUUCUUAGUAUCGACUGGAGAAUUCUCGAAGUCCCGGUUGAAAGUAGCAAACACCGACGUAAUUCCAAUAUCAACCCAAUUAUUGAUAAAGUUUUGGAAGCAAAACGUGCAGAUGGUCUUGCCCGCCUCUGGCAAAGCCAUAAAGAAGUGCUCAUAUAUGAACAGACAGGACCUCCAGACUUUGAUGAUGUUACUCAAUUUUACAUACAUGAUUAUAAGUUGGUUCGAGCCAUGAGGGAUGUGUUAAAUCAAAGAAUAACCCUUCGUCUUAAAGAUGGGAUAUCUGAUCAUAAAGACCUAGCAAGCUUUGGUGCCUUUGGCCAUCGCACCGAGUCAUUUAUGAAAAAAAAUAUCGAAAAGGGCAAGUCACAUACUGACCAAAAAAAUAAGUUACUUGUCAAGCGGAAAGUUCACACUAUAAAGCAGAAUCCACCAACACCAAACCGACCUAAGAAGCAAAAGCAUUAG